UAUAAAGUACAAAGAUUUCUAUUUCUCUCUGAGCUCUUAUACAUAUUCUAAGAAAUUACCAACUGUGAAAGGAAUUUUUUCAUAUGAAGUCUCUGGUCAAGAAUGUUUAAAUCUUUUAUGUAAAUUAAAACAGAAGUUAUGUGUGGCUUUGCUGUUUCAUGAAUUUCUCAGAAUUAUUGCAUAUCCAUGCCCAGCUUGAAAUGAUCAAAUUCUAAAUUCAACGUGUGUUUAUCAAAACACAAACCUUGAUGAUAAUAUUGAAGACAAUAUAAAAUUUUCUGAAUCAAAAUAUUGCCUAUCGAAAAGAGAUCAUGAGCUAUUAAUUGAGCUAGAAGCAGUCAUAACGCUAGCUUUCUACUUGGUCAUACAGAAAUGCAAUUUAUUAAAGAUAAUUGUUGGCGACUACAUUAAUUAAAUUCUCGACAAGACAUGCUGGCAAAUUUAGAGCAAAAUUUGAUAAGAAAUAGCUUUUAAAGCUCCAAUUAUCUUAGCUACUUUCUGUUGGAACGAAACAAAUCGUUUACCCAAGGUAUAUAAGAAUAUCUCAAUAUCAUGGUAAAGUUUUCCUAAAACAAUAGACAAAACAUUACACUGAUGAUAAAGUAAAAACAUAAAUAAAGAAUUGAGGCUACAUGAUAAAAUAUUGAAAUAAUGCUGAUUGAAAUGUGAAUUUCUCAUUAAAAAUUACAUUAGUAGACGGCAAUCACUAUCGAUUUUUUAUGCAAUCAAUUUCUUAGCUAACUUUAGGAUUUAUUUCACCGGACUUGAUAUUUAUUACUGUAGAAUACUUGACACAGUUGUUUUUCCAAGAAAAAAUAUAAUGGAUAUUUUUAUUCCAAUAUCAUUGUUAUUUCUUUUAAAAUUUGUUACUUGUUUUACUGAUUUUCCAUCACUUAUGAUUGCAAAUGCCACCAUGGUGUUUAUUAUAGAAAGACCAUUUUAUGAGAGAAAAAUAUUAUUUGAAGAAACUGGAAACCAAAAAAAAGAUUCCUAUGAAAGGAGUGUUGCUACUUUUACAGGUGUUUUAACAAAAGUAGUUCGGGAAAAAAUGAAAACUACUGGAUUAUUAAUUGUUGUUUAUGAUGAUAUUGAAACUAAUUUAGCAAGAGAUUACACUAUUAUAUUAUCAGUUGCAACAUGUAGCACAACAUGGAGAUUAUUCCGUCGUGCCAGAAAGGAAAAACUUGUACAUUUAGCAUUAACAGAUUCAAAUUGUCCACGACUUCCUAAUGAUGGAGGAAUCAGUAUUCCUUUAAUACAACCUGGCAAAGAACUUCCUCAAAUAUUUUAUGAUUUGAGAAAUUUUCAACAAUUGAAAUGGAAUCAAGUUCAUAUAAUUUAUGAUGAAGUUGUUCAGAAAGAUGAAAUUGGACAAGUGUCAAAAGCUUUUACUAAUGAUUUAUUUCAAUCUAAAUAUAAAUUAGCUACACAUUAUUUAUACUUUUUAAAAACAGCUUCAUCUAAUGCUAUGACCAAACAUAGAUUAAAAAAAUUGCUUGGAAAUUUUCCUCGUUUUCGUUCGAUAGAUGAAAAUUUUUUAAUCAUAAUUAGUUAUAAACUGAUACCUUUAUUCCUUGAAUGUGCAAGAGUGCAGAAAAUGCUUCAUCCCGAUAGCCAAUGGCUUUUUGUAAUUCCAGAUAUGCCAGAAAAUUUACGUAGAAACAUUUCAUUUUUACAAGAUUAUCUUGAAGAAGGAGAAAACAUAGCUUUUUUGUACAACAAAACAAAUUUAAAAAAUAUCCAAAAUAAUGAAAAAUGUCGAAACAAACCAGUUUGCUAUGCUAAAGAAAUAGUUGGAGCUCUAGCAAUUGCUAUAGAAAAUGCUUUAUCAAUGGAAAUUGAAUUAUUUAAUUCAACUACUGAAGAAGAAUUUGAAUCUCUAGGAAUAACUAAAUCAACUAGAAGUAAAGAAAUUAUCAAGUUGAUGAGAAGUGAACUGUUCAAUGGUACCCGGCUUCUGAAUCAUAGUGUUGCUUGUGGUCAAUGUAUUAAAUGGAUUUUAGUCUCGGCAUUGACAUGGGGUAAUAGAAUUGGGCCUGAUAGUCAGUUUCAAGCCUAUGAAUUAAAAGAAACUGGAAUAUGGAUGAUUGAUUCAGGUUUUAAACUUAAUGACCAUAUUUUUCCACAUAUCAUCAAUGGAUUUUUAGGAAAAUCAUUACCUGUUGUUACAUAUCAUAAUCCGCCAUGGCAAUUUAAGAAGAUAAAACAACAUUCUACUGGAGUAAAUGAAACCAAGUGGGAUGGAUUUAUUUUUGAUAUCAUGGAAGAGUUAUCGAGAGUUCUCAAUUUUACACUAAAAAUUAUUGUCAUUGAUUCUUCACCUGAAAUAAUGGCAUCUAAAAAUGAUACAAAAAAAUCAGCAAUGUCAGCCGCAGAAAAAGUUCCUGAUGAAGUAACAGCAUUAGUACGAAAAAGAGAAGUAUUUAUGGCAGCGUGUGCUUAUACUAAUGGAAUUUAUCAUGAUGAUACUGCAUUGAAUUUUACAAUUCCUUUAACAGUUCAAACAUAUGGAUUAUUAACUCCGAAACCAAAACCUUUAUCUAGAGUUCUUCUAUUUACAAUGCCAUAUUCAAUGGAGGCUUGGGCCUGUAUUGCGUCAUCAAUCAUUCUUGUAGGACCAAUAUUAUUUAUAGUACAUGCAUAUAGUCCUCGAAGAGAUUACGAUCCUGAGAAUCCGUUGAAAGAGAAUUUAGGAACUCUUGCGUCUCCGCUUAAAUGUAUGUGGUAUAUUUAUGGAGCUCUUCUUCAACAAGGUGGAAUGAACUUACCUAAAACAGAUGGUGCCCGUCUUAUUGUUGGUACUUGGUGGCUUGUAGUAAUGAUAAUUGUUGCUACUUAUUCUGGUAGUCUAGUGGCUUUUUUGACAUUCCCAAAAAUGGAAGCCACAAUAUUAACUAUUGACGAUUUAUUACAACGUCAAGCUGAAUUUACUUGGAGUUUACCGGCUGGUAGCUUUUUCGAAACCUUUUUGUCAAUUAAUAACAAUGAAGAUAUUUUGAAUUAUAGACAAUUACUCCCAGAUCAUGAACCUCACGCUGAGAAACAUAACACUGUUAGUUAUCGGAAAAAUAUUGAAAGAGUUAAAAAAGAAAAACACGCUGUCAUUGAUUGGACAAAUGCACUCAAAAUAUCAGCUAGAAAUGAAUAUAUAAAUGAUGGUGUUUGUCAUUUUGCACUUGGAACUAAUAUUUUAGCUUUAGAAGAACCAAUUGCAAUGAUCGUUCCAGCUCAUAGUCCAUACCUGAAUUUGAUCAAUGUCCAGUUGCGAAGAAUGCAUGAAUCAGGAUUAAUAAACAAAUGGAUAAGAAGUUGGAUAUCAACAAAAGACGAGUGUUCAGACAAUAAUGGUUACAAUCAAGAAGCAAGUAAUCACAAGGUUGAUCUACAUGACAUGCAAGGAAUUUUCUUUGUUCUUUUUUUUGGUUAUUUAAUUUCAUCUAUUUUCUUAGGUUUUGAAUUUUACCGAUAUCAACGUAAAGUAGCCAAAGAACGCAAGUUGAUUCAUCCUUUUCUUGAAUGAUUACUUAACU